AUGAUCACCACAAGAGGAUUUGCUACAGCAGCCAAACAAAACCCAAAGUCACAAUUCAAUGUAUUUGAUAGGUUUGCAAAGCUGAUCCAUCGAUCCAAAACAGCUAAACUAAACCCUGAAUUAUCUAGAAAAAAGGACUAUAUUAGAGAUGAAGUUGCAACAAAAACAAUAGAAAGAUUGGCUUUUAUAACUAGACCAUUUGACAGAAUGUUGGAUUUUGGGAGUAAUAGUGGGAAUUUUUUGAGCCAAUUAUGUACCGAAAGUCAUGUACCUGAACAAUUAAAAGCUGAUGGAGUAGAACAUAAGAUUGUGGAACAAUUAAAUAAGGACAAAGCCUUAGUACGAAGUAAAAUUAAAGAGUUAAUCAUGUUUGAUUCAUCUAGGGAAUUGUUACAUAGAGAUGAGUCGAUGAAAUUUGAUUAUAAGUUUCCUGGGAAAAUUGAAAGAAUUGUCGGUGAUGAAGAAGCAUAUAACCAUGAAUUGUUAAAAGAACCAAAUUCAUUUGAUGUUGUACUAUCAAACUUAAGUCUUCAUUGGAUUAAUGAUUUACCUCAAACUCUAUCAAACAUCAAUACAUCUUUGAAACCAGAUGGUUUAUUUAUGGGUACUUUAAUUGGUGGUGACACAUUAUACGAAUUACGAACUUCAUUACAAUUGGCUGAAUUAGAAAGAAAAGGUGGUAUGUCGCCUAGAGUCUCCCCCUUAGUACAUUUGAAUGAUGUUGGGUCUUUAUUGAACAAAGCGGGUUUUUCUAUGUUAACAAUUGAUUCAGAAGAUAUUAUAGUCGGUGGAUUUCCAAACAUUUUUGCAUUGUGUGAGGAUUUACAAAGUAUGGGUGAACAAAACGCUGUCUUAACUCGAGCCAGUAAUUUACCAAGAGAUGUCUUACUAGCAGCGAAUGAAAUAUAUAAAAGUUUACAUGGCGAAGUUCAAGAAAAUGGAGAAAUACUAUUACCAGCAACCUUUAAUGUUAUAUAUAUGAUUGGUUGGAAGAAAAGUGAUUCUCAGCCUCAACCAUUAGCUAGAGGGUCAGGCCAAGUUAACUUGAAGGAAGUUUUACAAUAA